CCAGGGAGCAGAUAGUGAUGGGAUCCUUCAAGUCGCGCAAAGCAAACCAGACACAGUGGCUGGCCGCAAUGGCUCAACGCUCAGGCCGUUAAACUAAUGGAGACUCAUUCAACUUCCCCGAGACGCCAACCAUGGUUCAGCGGUCGACGGUGGGCGGAGUUUCCGACGAGUCGACCAAGAGUCCAUGACGAAUACGGAUUCAUCUUGAACAUUCUCGACGCCAUGGGAAGUUGUCUGCAGGGACAGUGGGUGUGGAUAGAAACAAGCUUGCAUGUGUGUUGUGUGUGUCUCUGUGUGUUUUUGUUUUUCAUGCUUCAGUUUUUGUUUUUCCUCCCCGUUUUCGACGGGGCCAGACAAUCACAUUGUCCAGGAUAUCCCUACCGGAGAGCAUCCACCGGAGAUGGAGCCUGACAGCUGGCCAUGGCUUAUUUGUCCAACCCGCCCCGCGGCUGUUAGUAUCCAGGUUUCGCAGUGGUGGUUUGUUGACACGCCCGUUUGUGGUAGUAAGUAGUUAGUGGUUGUGUUGCGUUGUGCCUUUCGGGGUUUGGGGCUUCGCUUAGCAGACGAAGCAGUAAUCAUUAUGAUAACUAGACAUAUAGACGGAGUACUCCGUAUGUAGUGCAAUAUUGGAGAUGUGGAGUAAUAUGAUGGUAGUACGUACUUUGUAUGUUAAUAGUACCACUGCUUCUAGCAGUAUAUCGUAAAUGAGUAGGUAACUAUUUGGAAUCAGUUCACUGAGACAAUUGACGG